CCUCUCCUCUCCCCAGACACCCCGACCCAGCCAGAGCUCUGAAGGGCACCCCCCUGCCUGCUAGCCUCGGACCCCCCACUCCCCCCGCCCAGCAUGGCCUCUGGCUCUGCCAACAGUCCCCGGCCGGCUCCGGAUGAGAAUGAGUUUCCUUUUGGGUGCCCCCCGACGGUCUGCCAGGACCCACCAGAGCCCGGGGCUGUCUGCUGCACGGCCUGUUUCUCUGCCAACGUGAGGAAAGAUAAGGAUCAGAUCUGUCCCAAAUGCCGAGGGGACGCCCCCCAGUCUCUAAGCCCAGGAAGCCUUCUGUCUCAGGAGAAGGACCUUCCCAAGGUGUCGGAGGCUGGAGUCGGGUGUCCCUUUGCAGGGGUCGGCUGCUCCUUCAAGGGGAGCCCUACGUUCUUGCAGGAGCAUGAGGUUUCGUCUCAGGCCUCCCACCUGAACCUGCUGCUGGAGAUGAUGAAACAGUGGAAGGCCCAGCUGGGCUCUGGCCUGGGCUCCGGGCCCGUGGCCCUGGAGCAGAACCUGUCCGACCUGCAGCUUCAGAAGGAGGGCGCGGGGGGCCUGGAGGUGGACUGCUACCGUGCCCCCUGCUCCGAGAGCCAGGAGGCGCGGGCCCUGCAGCACUGCAUGAAGGACAAACUCUUGGCGGAGCUGGAGGGGAAGCUGUGUGUGUUUGAGAAUAUCGUGGCCGUCCUCAACAAGGAGGUGGAGGCCUCACACCUGGCCUUGGCCGCCUCCAUCCACCAGAGCCAGCUGGACCGCGAGCACAUCCAGAACUUAGAACAGAGGGUGCUCGAGCUGCAGCAGACACUGGCCCAGAAAGACCAGGCCCUGGGCAAGGUGGAGCAGGGCCUGCGCCUCAUGGAGGAGGCCUCCUUCGACGGCACCUUCCUGUGGAAGAUCACCAACGUGGCCAGGCGGUGCCAGGAGUCAGCCAGCGGCAGGACCAUCAGCCUCUUCUCCCCAGCCUUCUACACCUCCAAGUACGGUUACAAGCUGUGCCUCCGGCUCUACCUGAACGGAGAUGGCGUGGGAAAGAGGACACACCUGUCUCUCUUCAUCGUGAUCAUGAGAGGGGAGUACGACGCUCUGCUGCCGUGGCCUUUCCGGAACAAGGUCACCUUCAUGCUGCUGGACCAGAACAACCGAGAACACGCCAUCGACGCCUUCCGGCCCGACCUGAACUCAGCGUCCUUCCAGCGGCCCCAGAGCGAGACCAACGUGGCCAGCGGCUGCCCCCUCUUCUUCCCGCUCAGCCGGCUACAGUCCCCCAAGCACGCCUACGUCAGGGACGACGCCAUGUUCCUCAAGUGCAUCGUGGACACCAGCACUUAGGAGAAAGGGAGGGGGGCUCCCACUGGGAUUUGGGAGUCUCCUACCUGGGGUGCCCCAGGCCCCAGGGCCCAACAGCAGGCUGGCCUGGGCAGAGCAAGGCUGAAUCACCGCACUGGCCCCCAUGGGAGACCUGGAAGCAAGCGGGGCAGGACUUCUGCACUGACCAUUUGCCCCACCAGCCCUGAACAGUGAGGUGGACUCUCGCCAGGACAGGGAGGAGCUGGGAACCGAGCCUGGGGGUCCCCAGCAAAGAUGCCACAGUGGGGGAGAUCUCUGCACAGCCCCCCGGGGAAGGGGUUUCCCAGCUGUCUGGAGUCAGGAGAGGAGAGACCGGCUGUCGCUCUGGAUUCUGUCUGUCUGUCCGGGUCUGGACGGGCAAAGGAGCUAAGCCAAGCCAGUGGUCGGGCUGCAGAGGUGGUGCGGGCACCAGAUUGGAGCUGGAGCGUCUCCCGGGUUCCAGAGCAGAAAACAUCUCAUUCAAGGCCUCCUGCCCAGGGGAGGAGAAGGAAUGUUCUAGAAAUGUUCUGGAGCCUCUUGCCUCUGGGCCCAGCAGAUCCCUGUCACUCUGGGCCUGGCAGCCAGCUGCUGCCCCCCAGAGAGGAGCACCCCGUGGCCCUGUGUGCAGUAUCCUGCACCCCUCCCCAGGAGAAAUGGUGGGGGCAUCAGUUCUUGCUCUCCUGUGGGCCAGGCCCACCUACUGCACUUUCCAGAAGCCUCUGAGCCCUGAGGGCCCCAGGGAUUCCCUCAUCUGCUACUUAGGGUUUCUGAGCCUCUGCCGUCGGUGGACCCUUAAAAUAUG